AUGAAGCUUCAGUAUAAAUACUCUGCACUUCUCCCCGAUUUUCAUCAGCACUUCCCUCCACCUCCCAGCAAAGCUUCAACUCUCAUCCAUCAAGUAUCCAGUAAUUCGUUCGUCUCACCUUCCAACUGUAGUGGACUUCCAGCAGCUCCUAUUUGCUCUCAGCUCUUCAGAUGGCCUCGGAACAGAGCCGUGGUAUGGACAACGCUGCAUUCGAGCAGGCCGAGAAGACGAAGCAGGCUGCUGCCGCCGCCGCCGAUAAGACCAAGCAGACUGCUGCUGCUGAUGCCGAGAAGACCAGGCAGACCGCCGCCGAUGCACAGAAAGCCACUGCGGACAAGGCAGCUGAGGCCAAAGCUGCGACCGAGAAGAGUGCAAACCGUUAAAAUGUCCCAGCUGGAGGACAUAGCAGACCUUCUGAGGUGAUAAGUAGUUCGCUCAGGGUCUGAUGUCGACACAGCGGUUGGGGCAACCAAAAUGCCAUAGUGGGCGCAAACUAGUGGAUGCUUCUCCAAAUGGGCUUUGAACGUUCAGAACGAUGGGUUUUGGUUGAUCGGUUGUCGAGUUUUGUAUAGGCGUGACCCAGCUUGCGUUGUUUUCACGUGCCGGAGGGCCAUGCACGACCUUGGUCAGUGAAGAUGUUUGGGAGUCCGGCGAGAGAGUGAUGUCUAGCUCCCACAUGGGCAGAUGGAUCGUCUCUCAUUCCCAGCAUUUCUCAAAGUCCUUGUUCAUUUUGUACAGUGUGUAGAACAUCAAAGUUCUUUGAAAUAAAGAAGCGGAGCACAUCCCACUGUGCAUCUGUAGUUUUUAAUAUA